CGCUGUGUAGUUCGUAAUUUGCAACUCUGGUGAAACGGUGAAGUACAUCAUUCGCGAUCGCUUUUCGUUGUCAAACCGGUUCUGGAAUAGAAUACAUUAGCGACGAUGAUUCGCACGGUGACUUUGUUGAUGUUUUUGUUGGUGGGAAUUGUAGCGGUCAUCGGUAGACCACAAAGUGCUCCUGGGCUAGAUACAGUGGUUCCUACGAGUACGGCUGCGACCACCACCACCACCACCAACGUGGAAGGCAGUUCCCAACCGAUCCCGACCUCGACGGAGGAAAGUAAGGUGUCCAAAUUCUUCGAUGACGUUUCUUCGGUGUUCAAACAAGGAACGGCAAGGGUUAAGGAAAGCUUCGAAAGUGCCGCUUCUUCGGUGAAGGAUGGUGUCAUGCGAGGAUACGAUUACGUGAAGGAUAAGCUAACUGGAUCGGUACAGACACCGGCGACCAACGCCACUGAUACCGUGCCAACCACUUCCGCAGUUACGGCAGUUGAAACCAGUACCGUCGCGGUACGAGCCUCAUCCAAAGCGACGGUCAGUUCCAUUGCGAAAGCAAUCAAUGUCGAACCGAACGACGAGGAGAUGAAAGACGAGAACGAGGAUCGAUUGAUUUUCAUCGGCGAUGAAGAGACAGGUACGGAUCCACCAACAACGACCAUCAAAAAGGGCCUGGAAGAUCGAUUCAUCAUCGAUGGACCGACGGCGUGCAAAACGGGCCAGUCGGUGGUCAACGGGAAAUGUCGAAAUACGUUCUGAUUCAGUAGGAUAAUAAGCAGACGCCUCGAACGAGUCAUCUCCAGAUUAAGUGUGAUUUUUUAAUUUAAUUCUAUUACGCGAGUAAUUCCGGGCAGUGCCCAAGUGUUUGUGCAGCUUGUGAAAUCGAGUCAAAUAAAUUGAAUUUAUUCCCGUUCUAAGU